UUUUAUUAAAAAAAAACCCAUUUUAUAUAAAUGCUCUCUUUUAUCUCUCCAUAAACUGUUAAAAAAUUUGUGGUGUUCAUUUCUUUUUACCAUUCUUGAAAAGUUAAAAGAUUAGAUUGUAAAUGGAAAAUCAAACAAGAGGAAGGGGACAUGAGUACAACUUGGCUUGGAGGAAAGCUGAAGAAGCAGCUUUGAGGCGAUAUCAAGCAACCCACUGGUUGGAAUGUUUCGUCGGGCCAUUAGGUAUAUCAAGCCAACCUUCUGAGAGAGAGUUUGUUUCUUGCUUGAGAAGUGGUUUGGUACUUUGCAAUUUAAUUAACAAAGUUCAACCAGGAUCAGUCCCGAAGGUUGUAGAAAUCCACACACCUUCACAGUCAAUCAUGUGGGAUUCUCAGCCAUUGCCAGCGUAUCAAUAUUUUGAGAACAUUCGGAACUUUUUGGUAGCUGUGGAAGAUUUAAAGUUACCAGCUUUUGAGGCAUCUGUUUUUGAAAGGGAUAAUAUAGAGGCAGGUUCAUCAACCAAGGUUGUGGACUGCAUUUUGGAACUAAAAGCAUACCAUGAGUGGAAGCAAAUGACUGGAGGAGUCGGAUUUUAUAAGCCUAUAAGGUCUCCUCUUUUGUCCCCUUCGAGGGGAAGGAUCCAAGGACGAACACAUGUGACAAUCAAUUCCGAUAGUUGCAGGCGAUUGGAAAUGUCUGCUAGCUUUCCAAAACAAUCUCCGGGAGAUGAUGAAAUUCAGAAACUCGAAGGCAUAAUUGUCAAGGCUCUAGCUGAAAGAAUGGUGGACAUGAAGGAAAACAUGGGCAAUAACUUCUUUGCUUCUUUCCGGAACGGUAACACGAACCAAGUUGAAUCAUUCAGCAGGAUUUUCUCUAGUUGCGUCAAGGAACAACUUCAAAACAAGUCCCUGAAGUUGAAAUCAGAUCCAUUAAAAGAGAUUAGCUGCUCAGAGGACAACUCCACAUGCAUACCCCUACAAAAUUUAUAUAAUCUUAGAAACCGCAAGUGUUGCAGGGCUUGCAUAAAGAAGGGCAAAUGCAACCACUGGACUCUAGUUAUGGUGCAAGAAAAGGAACUGUCAAAUCUUAAGGACCUAUUAUCAAGUACAAAGAAAGAGUUUGAAGAUCUGCAGUCUCAGCUACAAAGCGAUCUCAAACAACUUGGAGAUCAAGUACUGGAAAUGUCUAAUGCGGCUCUUGGAUAUCAUAAGGUUAUGAAAGAAAACAGAACAUUGCAUAACAUGGUUCAGGAUCUAAAAGGGAAUAUUAGAGUUUACUGCAGAAUAAGGCCUGCCUUCAAUGCAGAAGCGAAAACUGCAAUAGAUUUCAUCGGAGAAGAUGGUACAUUGGUUGUUAUUGACCCACUAAAAUCUUGGAAAGAUGGGAAGAAAAUUUUCCCGUUCAACCGUGUUUUUGGUCCAAGUGCCACACAGGAAGAUGUAUUUCGAGACACUAAACCGCUUGUAAGAUCAGUGAUGGACGGUUACAAUGUAUGCAUUUUUGCUUAUGGUCAAACCGGAUCAGGGAAAACGUAUACUAUGUCCGGCCCUGGAGGUGGAACAACAAAGGAAUUCGGAAUCAAUCAAUUGGCUCUGAAUGAUCUAUUCCUACUGUCUGAUGAAAGAAAGGACAUCAUGAGUUAUAAGAUCCACGCUCAAAUGGUCGAGAUAUACAAUGAACAAAUUCAUGAUCUUCUUGCAGACGAUGCUUCACUUACCAAGUUAGAGAUUCGAAGAUGCAUGAGUGGCAACGGUCUACCUCUGCCUGAUGCUAGCAUGCAUUCAGUAAAUUGUGCUACAGAUGUUAUAAACCUGAUGAAACUUGGUGACUUGAACCGUGCUGUUGGCUGUACUGCCAUGAACAACUGCAGUAGCCGUUCACACAGUGUGCUGACUGUACAUGUGCAUGGUGAAGAUACAUCUGGAAACAUAAUCCAUAGUUGCCUUCAUUUGGUGGAUCUUGCUGGUAGUGAACGAAUUGACAAGUCAGAAGUUACUGGAGACGGCCUCAAAGAGGCUCAACAUAUUAAUAAAUCUCUAUCUUGCUUGGGCGAUGUGAUCACAGCAUUGGCACAGAAGAAUUCCCAUAUCCCUUACAGAAACAGCAAACUCACAUUACUCUUGCAGAACUCCUUAGGUGGACAUGCAAAAACUUUGAUGUUUGCUCAUGUCAGUCCUGAAGGGGAUUCCUUUGGAGAAACAAUUAGUACUCUGAAGUUUGCACAGAGGGUUUCAAGUGUGGAACUUGGUGCAGCUCGUUUAAAUAAAGAGAGCACUGAAGUUUUAGAGCUCAAAGCGGAGAUUGAGACCCUCAAAAAGGCGUUGGCUAACAAGGAAACACUAACUCCUCAAAUUAACAAACCAAAGGAAGCAUCUAGGACACCUUUCCAGAAGCCUAAAGCAAUAGUUGAGAGACCCACUCCACGAGCUCGAAGAUUAAGCAUCGAGAAUUGCACCAAUGCCACUCCACGAGCUCGAAGAUUAAGCAUCGAGAAUUGCACUACCGUGAGGACAGAAAAGGCCAACCUUGAUGAAGAAAAGGGAUCCAAAACUCCAGCUGUGAAAACUCGCUCGAGAAGAUUAAGUUUAGAAGGGCCAAGAUUAUUAGCCAGCAAGAAUCUUGAACAUACUAAAUCAUUGGAAGCCACAAGCAAGAACGAUCAGCCAGAAGUUGUGUGCUUACAACAAUCUACUGAGCUUCAGGAGGGAGAUGAUGUCACAAAAUUAUAUGAUCGAGCCGAUAAUAAUAGUUGCCUGAAGGCUCCUCAGAGUUCAACUUUUUCUUUUAAGAACCAGCACGCUCCUCGGAGUCCAACUUCUGGUUUUAAAAGCCAACAGCCUCCUCGGAGUCCAACUUCUGCUUUUAAAAGCCAGCAGCCUCCUCGGAGUCCAAUUUCUCCCUAUAAAAGUCAGCAGCCUCCUCGGAGUCCAACUUCUGCUUUUAAGAGUUGUAAUGCACCUAAGAGUCCAACAAGUGCUGCCAUUAAAAUCCAGGCACCUCGGAGUCCAACUUCUGCUUUUACGAGCUGCAAUGCACCUAGGAGUCCAACAAGUGCUGCCAUUAAAAGCCGGGGGUUGAAAACAACAGACAACAGAACAAGGAUUCCUUCUCUUCAACUACCCAAAACACCGGAGCCACCGAUGAUAACGUCUAUAAAUGAGAACAAGGGAGGAAUGCAAAGUGAGCGUACAGUUUCAUCCGAAUUCCAGACGCCUACUUUGGUUAGCAGUACUCAUGGAAAGGGAUCUCAAAUACGAAGAUCACUUCGGACAAUUGGGAAACUGAUUAAUGGUUCCGAAAGAAAGAACCAACAGAAAAGGGCCGAAGCAGCCCUGCUAUCGCCUUUUAAAUGCCAAAAUGAGGAGAAGUCACCAAUGGCAUCUAAUGCAAGGACACUAAGAAGACAAUCCCUAACUGGCAUUCCACCACCAACCAUUUCGAGGAGAUCUUCACUUGGAGGAGGGAGCUUGCCUGAUUCUUGUGCAAAUGAAAGUAGAAAUUCCAAAACUCCUGGCGCUUCAGCCAAGUUAACGAAGAGGUGGCUAUAAGGAACUCUAAGUAGUUAACAUCAACAAGUAGUGCUUUGGCUUUGGGAUACUGAAUACUGACUACUUGACAUCGAGUUGGGACAGACAUCGAUGACACAUUUAUGCUGCAGAUACUCGCUGCAAGUUUAGAUGUAGUUAGGCUGUUGACAUUGAUAUUUUUGUACAAAUUACUGAGGCAGAAAAUAGGCACUGAGGGACCAAAAGGAAACAAUGUCACAUUGUUGUAUGCCAACCACAAACAUGACAUUUGAAUGAAAGUUCUUUUCAUCAAUAACUUCUA